UCAUUUUUGAUCGUGAUUUCGAGAGACAUGCGCAGUCACCUCGGCGCGACGGUAGAGCAGACGUGAUCAACCAUGAAUGACAACAGCAUGACAUGACGAAGAAGUCUUUCGGCGGAGGAUAUACGGCAACGGAAGGAAUAUUUUACAAGGUGUUGCGUAUGGAACAGACGAUGACACAGCCAUGACGUCAGCAAGAAGCCCUGCGAACACCAAGAUGGACAAGAGCCUGGUGGUGAACAUGCUCAAGUUCGAGGCGACCACCAGGAAUAGUCACCUGCCGCCCAUUGCGCGGUCUGUCGCGGAGGAGAUGACUCAUAAGACGGAGGCCAGAGUCCGCGCUAAGCCAGCGCUCAAGGCCGUUCCAGACACUGUCAAGCUCUACCAGAAAAUGAAGAAACGGGGAAUCUUUACGGUGGGGUUGAGCGCCGAUAGCAAAGUCGAGGACAAUUCAUUCAAAAUUGAAACUAAAGGAUUUAAUCUGUCGAACGUACCAGAUAAUUUGACUUAUACGCGUGCUAAAAAUAAGGACGAGGUUUGGGUUGAUGUGAAAAAGGACCGUCCGAGGAAAGAGAGACGUUGUCAGGACGAUGGGCUCAUGUGGCCGAAGUAUACGCGGAAUAAUACAAUGAUUUUACCGAAACUUUCAUACGGUGUGGACAGAAAGAAGAUGAAACCGCUUGUGCCCGUGGAAUUGGAAGUAAAUGGGACAUAUGAAACGGAAAUGACUCCUGCACAUGAUCAGGAAGAGAAAGCGACUAAACCGGGAGCGGAUGCGCCAGAGACAGUAAUGAAUGGAGACGACGCGUCACAUGAGAACCAUCGAACGGAAACGAGUUCUAUCAAUGUGAGCUUGAUAUCGAUUGGACAAGAUCAGAAACCACCUGAUAAACCUGAUUCAAACAACAAAUCUGAAGAAGACGACAAUACACAAUCGGCGCCUGCUCCAGUAGAAAAUUCGAAAGAGAUUGUGACGCCGACACCUACUACUGUUUUUUCGCCUCCCAUUCUGAGACAGGUCACAAUUGGUGUUGACAUCCCCGAGCCUAACCCUGACACCAAAAAUAAGAAAGAAAUUCGCUCAAUGUACCCAAUGUAUGACUCAAACGAGGACAGAAAGGAGAAACAGAGGCAGAACUGGUGGGAGAGACAACAGCGUAGCCCAAUGCAUUCGCAUAAACCAAACACUAAUAUUCCUCUACAGCAACAAAAUCGCCAGAACGCGACCAUGUUUUUGGCACCAAUUCCAAAAGCUCACACGGAUAUUCGAGCCAACAGCAACACGGAAAGAACAAAAGAAAAUAUCAAGAUCGUUGUGCCAAAUAAGGAAUAUGUGAACGCUGACGAGAUGCAAAGAAAUAACUUGCCGAGACGAAGCAGCGAUGAUUAUCUUAACUUGCCUGGCGUUUUUGAAAAACAUUUAGAGGUUGUGAAGACAAUUGCACAAUCACGAAGCCAUCAGGCGAAAUCAGUAAACGGACAGAUAGAUCUGUCACCUCGGGUCACCGGUUUGAGCCAAGCGACAAAAUCAUUGGCCACCUCUACGCCGCCUGUUACCUCGGUGCCGCCUCCGUCCGCUGCGACGGUAGCGCUCACGGAUGAAGGCACGUUUCAUAAGAUGGAGUCAACCGUAGAAGGAGACAGUGUGUCCUUACCAGAAUCAGUUGCUCCCUCUAUUAAACCUAAUGCGGAGCCAGUUGCCAGAGUUGAGAUUGCCAUCAGUGGGUCGCGAAUACUACCAAGAAUGAGUCCGAAUGAUGGAGACAAUGAUCAAGAGAAUAGUGCAGUUCUUGGGACUGGUUUGACCGUAAAUGUGGGUGGGGGCGACUCGGUUCAGAGUUUAAAUUCAGACAACCACCCGCACUUGUCGCACCAUGAGAGCCUCUCAGCGCACAGUCGGUAUUCGGGGCACGAAGAUGAUGUCAGGCCAAGUGGUCCAAGAAGACGCACAAGCAGCUUCCUGGAGCUGCCGCAGUCGCCGAUCGAUCCGGGCGAAAGACCGCCAUCGACAGAACUAGACGCUAUGGAUAUCAAGGAGACGGUUUCUCCUUCAGCCAGGGAUCAAAGCGCGGGCGGACAUCAGACUCCUCGACGGCGUACCAGCAGCUUUCUAGAACCUCCUGGGUCACAGUGUGACCCUCUCGAACGUCCACCAUCGAAAUCGGACAGUGUUGACUUUAACCCUGAAGAAGAUAGUGUGUUUGGUGAACAGUCACCACGACUUUCUUCCCAUCCGCUUUCUCGCCGUCCCACUCCUGAGAUCCUUGUCUCGACCGAAGCGGAGGAGUUGGAGGUGCCGCACCUCAAGGACGGAUGAAUUGGAUGUGAUACGUAACACGUAGUUGUUCAUCGACAGAAAAUGUUCGGCUUUUAUAAAGACUCGAGCCACAAAAAGACUCAUUGUAAGUCUUGUCAUGAAAACUGGAAGGUUGGUCUCGAACAAGAGUGUAAGGUAAUAAACAGGACCCGAGAUGGCUCGGCGGUAUCAAGGCAUCUGAAUAAAUUCCAAAUCUGAUGGUUUGCAAAGCCCUUACAAGAUGCGGGACAAGAUGCCUUCGACGUGCUUUUGGAUACAUUAUUAUGCAAUAUCAUAAAUACUGUACAAACUAACUGUGAUUCUCUAAAUAACUGCUGAACGAAUGAUCAAUAAAGCUGUUUUUAUUGUA